AUGGUAGCUACGAUUAUAGAAGCCACUAAAGGAGAAAUCCAAAGGGAUAGCAUGAUCCCAAAUAUUGUGAGUAGGAAGAGAGAAUAUGAAAGGUUGGAUUUGGGAUCAAUGCGAUCCCUUUGGAUGCCUCCUCAAGUGAAGCUAGCUCAGAAGUAUAGUGUUAGCAUACGAGAAGAAAACAGUACUCUCCAAAAGUUGCUCCAUGAGGAAGACUUCACAUAG